UCCAAUUUAGAAGGAUGGGUCCACUUGACAUUAAUGGGUUAAUGUGUUUCUUUUUCAACUGAGAGAUAAACAACGAGUACCGUCAAGAGAUUGAACCAUAAAUAACAAUAUUUGAGCCGCGUACUGUGAAAAGGGGGUUUAAUGCAUGUGCGUAAUUUCGUCCGAAAUCAAGGACGACACUUUCCGCCUAAACUAGAUUAUUGCUAAGAAUAUACUUUCUUGAAACGAAAAAUAUCAUUAAAGCGGAAAGUUUCGUCCCUAAUUAGCCUGUGCGGACUGCACCGGCUAAUCUGGGACGACACGUUACGCACAAGCAUUAAACACCAUUUCACAGAGCGCGGUCUAUUGAAAGUAAAACACACAUAUGAAUCAUCAAUUCAGCCAUCGUUGGUUGAAAUUACACAGCCAUUGAUAUUGAAAUAUUCGAUCACCGCUAACCACAGAAAGGCUACGUGCAUAUUGAAUAACGAUGAAAAAACACAUUUCUCUCUUCAACAGAACACGCUGUGUAUUAUACUACCUCUAAUGGCUUAACGUUGCUAUAGUUGAGCUAUUUCGUUGUGAAUAAAGCGUCGCGACUGCAUUGUCACUAUGAGUUUCGGAAUCGAGGAUACGCUAGGGGCGCCAUUUGUUGGACGUCAUGACGAGCUAUGUGAUCUACAAGCAGCAUGGGACAAACACAGGAUGUUUGGAAUUUUCGGCAUGCGUUCGGUCGGCACAUCAAGGCUGGCAAAAUAGUUUUUGGCUAGUGUAUCAGAGAGUUACGAUAAAGUCAUUUAUGUCGACCUAAAAGCUACAAGCGAUCUAGCGUCGAUGUACGUCAAUAUAUGCGCUUGCUUUUCCGUGCAUGUAGACUCGCAAUCAAAAGAACCAACUUUCUGGGAAAGUCAACUUUUUGAACAACUAUUGUCAAAUGAAUGUAAAUACAUUUUCUUUUUUGACAACGCUGAAUAUUUUCUAGAUAAAGAAGAAACCCGGGACACAAUUCAAAACCUUUUCAUAUCUCUACUCAAUUACAAUUAUAUAAAAGUUCUUCUGACAUCUACGACUAAGUUUCAACUUGUAAAUCGGCGUCGUAUUUACCACAUCUGCGAAGUUUCCCCUCUGAAGCGAGUCGAUUCUGUGGAACUUUUGAGAGCCGAAGCACCCGAAGUAGCUUUUGGAGAUUAUCUGGAUCCAAUCGUGGAACUCAGUGAAGGGAUACCACUUUUAAUUCUGAUGAUAGGGUCAGAGCUGCGUAAUAAUGAUGGUUUGCUAAGCCCAAAAGAAAUGGUAGAAAUUCUAGUUUCGAUCAGAUUGACUACUCUCAGUCUAGAAACCUUCCCAGAGGAAGAGAGAAUAGCCAAAGUGUAUUGCAGUUUUAUUGAUCGUCUUUCACCAGUGUUGAAAGACAGGUACACAAUUCUUAACUUCAUUCCGGGGUCAUUUAAUACCGAAGAGGCGCAGUCUAUGCUAGAUUUCCAGACACAGGCAACUGUCAAAAGCCAAGUGCUUGUCCCACAACUAAGCCGCCACUUUCUGAAUUAUGACCUUGCAAAGCGACGAUUUAACAUUCAGGGGAUUCUUCGAGAAUGUUUGAAUACAUUCUAUGCCAUUCAGAAUCUUCCAGAGAUACGAAGUCGGUACAGCCGAACGUUUUCAGCAGUUCUGAUGGACAUAUCACGACGUUUUCAUUCCCAUGAAUAUGCAAGCGCUCUUGCAGAGUUCGCUGUGGAGCAACCUAAUCUUCAGAAGUUGUUGGCUGAAAUUUAUCAUACAACUCAGGACACGUAUGCCUUCUUCAUUCAGAUGGCGACUGAGUGCACAUCAUUUAUUGAGAAAUAUAUGCCUGGAAUUAGUGAGGACUUUUACGGGGAAUGCAAACGAGCUGCUUCUAGAUACGGCAAAAAUACGGACGUCGCAAAAGUAGACAUUUCAGUUGGUACCAUCUACACCAAUGUCAAGGGCGAUCUUAAGGAGGGAUUGAGGAUGUACAAAGAUGCUUUAAAACUGUUGGAAGACGGAGGAAAAUCAGUUGCGCUUGCCACAGUGUAUCAGCGGAUUGGAUACAACCUAAUGUUACAGGAUCAAAACUUUACUGCUCUCAGUUACCUAAAAAAGUCAUACUGCAUAUCAAUCUCCUCUGGUAAUGAGUACCGGCUUCUCGUCUUGCAGUCCUUAAAUAGCAUGGGAAUAACGUUAAUUUGGCUUGGUAGGUAUGAUAAAUCAGAGAAAAUUUUACUCAAAUCUCUCGAAAAAACAAAGACAAUACACGGCGAUAUUCAUCCUGCAGUUGGUGUAGUUAUCAACAACAUUGGAAUUAUGUAUCACCAAAAGGGAGACUCCGUUAUGGCGUUAAAAUAUUUCCAAGAAGGACUGCGCAUUAAACAAGAAACGCGCGCUCCGCAUCAGUCCACUGUUUUAUCUCAAGCAAAUGUUGCUUUGGAGUAUAUAAACUUAAAUAAAAUACAUGAAGCUAACGAGUUGUUAAAUGAUGCACAAUCUUUAAUUCAGAAAGAAAAUAUAAGGGAGGCAAACACCGUUUCGUAUGUUACUACUACUGUUGGUAGAAUGUAUCUAAAGGAAGGCAAUUUUGACAAAGCGGAGGAAAUGUUUACGAAAGCGUUAGUCAUUCGUGCUGAAAGGUGUCCUGGUCAAUACACACACGUUCAAAGUUUGGUCCAACUGAUGGAAGUAGCCGUAGAGAAAAGCCAGUAUGCGAAAUGUAUCGACCUCGGGAAAACCGUGCAAACAUUUUGGAAGAACCUGGUUACACAGAGACCAAAGCUACCGCAUUUUCUGGAAUGUAAUGAAUUUCUCAAACGUGCAUAUGCAUAUUUAGGUGACCGCGAUGGCGAGCGACACGCGAAUGAAAACAUCGUGAACGAACUGUGUAGGUUAUGCGAUACUUAUCGCGCUGAACGAAAUGAAGCGAAGGUAAAGGAACUUUCGGUUAAGAUAAGAACAAUAAGAUCAACUCUUGUUUAAACAACAUUAAAACAAUGAUACCAGUUUAAGCAUUGAUGGCAUAAUAAUCGUAAACGUGUUUAAAAGUUAAUAUUUAUCUUGACUCCAUGAGUCUUAGAGACAUUGUGGCACAUCAUCAUAUAUGCGUGAUCCUUUAUCUGUGUCAGUGAUCAUAUCCACAAUUUGUCGUCCGUAGAACGGCCAGCAGUUCGAUCUGCGUAGGACCGGCUAAUGGCGCUGAGAUACCCCAUUUGAGCGAUCUUGGUUUCGUUUUGAGAAUAUCGGCCAAAUAGGCUUUAUAAUUGUUGUUUAAGUCCUGUUUUAAGAUAGUCAUUGAAAAUCUGAGAUGUUUAUAUGACUUAAAAAAUGUAUGCCAACUAAGGUCCAGACAGUCCCUGUUUUGAUGAAUGUACAUACCUUUUCAUGAUCUGUUAUCGAUUGAAAACAAAACAAUAUAUAAAACUUAUUUAACUCAUAGAUGA